GCUCCAGCACAAUGAUAUAGUCUCGGCUUUGCAUCUCUGGAGGUCUUGGCAAUGGCAGCUUUCAGGACCUUGCGAAGCCUGCCGCAGCGGAGUCUGAAACGAAGAUGUGCUUUGCCAACUAGCUUGCGCCUGUUUUCAUGCAGGAUGUCGCACAUAAGAGCCCACCCUUGCCAUCAAUCUGUUGACGAGGUUCGGCUAUUGUGUGCAGCUGCAGCUGGUGCGCUGGCGAUAUCAAUGGUUGCGGACGCAAGGAGCAGUGCGAACUGCUACUUUGAAACUUCGCCUCAGGGUGAUGUUGACCGUCUCAAGAGAUGGUCCAGAGUUUUCUGGAAUCUUCCAGCCGGCGUUUCGCCUGCUUUCCAUCAGUCUGAGGUGAACCCUUUCCUUGAGAAGCACCUCUCUCGGUGGACAGCAGGAAUGGCUUCGCCAGACACUGCAAAGACUGCCCCAAAAGUGCUCGUGCCGCUUUGCGGAAAAACAAUUGAUAUGCCAUACCUGUGUGAAGUGGGCUAUGGCGUUGUUGGGGUUGAGGGUGUUCAACGAGGAAUCUUGGAUUUCAAGGCAGAACAUCAGAUUAGAGUGAAAGGCCUAAAGUCGAAAACGAUUUGGUCAAAUGACGGCGAUGGAUGGAAAGAAGGCAGCACCUUCAUCCCGGCAACCAGCUUCCAAGGAGCAAGGAAAGGUUUUGUCUUCAAGACUGGCGACCAGGGGUUGGGAUACUAUUCUGAAACUCCUGCAGUUUGGAGAGGGAAGGUGAACCUGGGAAAGAGGCAUGCUCCUUUACAUAUACUGCAGUGUGACAUGUUUGACGUAACGCCUGAUUUGCUUGCAGCUUCGACGUUCGCGACUGAUGGGAGGUUUGACUUGAUCUACGAUCGAGAUGCUUUGGGAGCGCUUCCUCCAGAUUCGUGGGCGCAGUAUGCACAGCGCCUUGGUUCCUUGCUUCGAGUAGGUGGGCGCAUUUUACUAGUUGGCGUCCAGUACGACCAGAGCAAGUUGCCAUACGAUCGCAAAAGAUACAACCCACCACCUUUCAGUGUGAGUAAGGAGGCGAUCCAAAGACUGUUUCCGGAGCCCUCCUGGUCCGUAGCUUUGCUAGAGCUUGAGCCUUGCAAGGAUGAGUUUGCCUUGGGCCCCAAGUGCACAGCUGCAAGUUUGCAAGCACCGCAUGUGAAACUCCUUGAUGUUUCAGUGAGAGAAAGAAAGCAGAUCACCACAGUCUUUUCAGCUGAUGGGAGAUUUGUGCACUUGCAGAAACCCUACACAGAGGUUGAGCCUCUCAAGACGGGAAACUCGGCGAAUGCAGACGAAGAGUGUGCAGGAGAUCAAAGAGUGCAGGUAUGGAGCAUCGGAGGUCCAGAGAAUCCAUUCGCUUCCCCUGCGCCAAAGUCUUGGCUUGAAUCUCGAUUGGAGAGAGCAAAGUCUCAACCGCCUCCAAUCUCCAAACGGGAUGCAGUGGCGACAGCGGAUACAGUGCAGCCACCAAACCCGUCCGCGGAUGUCAUGGUAGAACUGCGAGUCGCUCAGAAAAGCCCUCAUGCCAUCAGUGAAAGUGCAGCACGUUUGCGAAUCAAUGCUCCCUCGGCAGAAGUCCUGGACAAGGUGGCCGACAAGUCUCGGCGGAAAGGUCAGUCCUUGGAUGUAAGGCCCCGCCGCCCACCGCGAGAAAUGCCCCCAUGGCGGCCUGGAGGUGCGACAAAGGGGCUUGCAACCAGCAGUUUCAACCUGAAACGGUCAGCAAAAAGCCUAGUUCGACCGCAGACAUCCGUUUGCCGUUCUGCAAACACUUCGAUUGGCGGAAGACAGCCCAAAGCUCGGCAUAGCAUCGACUGGCUGGGGUGCAGCACAUCAUCUUCGUAUGAUAGCGCUGACAGAAGGCACUCUGAUGGUACUUAUGGGGGCGCGAGGGGGCAAGCAACCCUGCUGCCACUUCCGGAUGCUGCACUUGCUAGGGUGGCUACUGGGGAGGGAGGCUCGCAGGAACCUCUCAUUGAGGGAGGCUCUGCUCGACCCAGCCUGCCUUUGGUUCCUUCUUUCGAGGCCCGAAAGCAGGUUGCAGAAGAAGCACGACGCAAGUCGGCGAGGGAUUUAGCUAGAAGGAGGCGUCUCGAAGCCCUUGAAGAAGCAAAUCGGCGAAGGGAGAAUCGGCGAAGAAAGCUCCACAACCAGGCCAGGCGCCUUCAGGUGUUGCGACAGAAGGCUCUCGAAGCUGAAGCAGAGCAGGAACAUGAAGAUACCGAGGAGGAGAACUCGCCACACAAGCAGGAAGGAGAGCGGACCAUCAGAUUUAUGCCGCCCUGUGACGACAGCUCGGGAGGCUCCGAUCCGGAGAGUUCUGAGUCAUCACAGGAUGAGUAUGAUGGGACACGAGACCCACUUCCGGUCAGGUUGCCCUUGUGGUAUCCAGACGAUCAGCCCUUGCAGAGCUCUAGCCCUUUUGGAGUUGCAACGGGCGAGCUUCCGCUGAGUCAUUUGGUGCCGCCGGCACCCACCGCCACGUGUACUGGACAUGACAAGGUGUCCAUUUCUUGGCAGCUGCAGGGUACCAGGCUCCUGGAUUUCACCUGGCAAGUCCGAGUACGUGCUGCACCAGAUGCUGAGUGGCAGAAGGUGGACCUGGAUUCAGGGCGUAUCGAAGCCCCUGAAGUUACAACUUCGUCCUGGAAGCACCGAGCAUGUUUGGUGCAGAAGGGUUUGAAGGUGCUCAGCUUUUGCGUGGAGGAGGGCCGAAAAAGUCAACGGCCAAUUCCAGGCACUGUCGUCUCUCACUACCCUGGCCUGGUCACUGUGGAUUUUGAGCUGAUUGGAGGUCAGAUCCUGCGACAACGCGUCCCACAAGACUGGGUGUUGCUUGCAGCCACUUCACGCGAGAUCAAGGAUGUUGCAUGGAGUUUGCUCGAGACAAGGUUUGGAGGUCGUGGCGGAAGGCGUUUGUGGCGAGUGGCUAAGAACAAGGUCUACGAGCGCAUCAUUCGAACCCAUCGCCAGUGCGCGGUCCUGUGGAAGCAGCGGGUGGAGCUUCCGGAGCCUGGGUGUCGCGUCUCCAUCAAUUGUGCCAUGGGCCUUCAGGUCAUGGAUCAUGAUGAAAAGGAGGACUUCUCACCGGAUGGGAGUAGAACCACCAGGACAAGUGCAUCACGAGAGGGCCGGGCGGCCGCGCGAAGUAUCAGCUCCUGGUGGCCAGCGGUUCUACCAGUGGAGGCCGAAUAUGAUUUGCGACAGGGCACCGACGUCCCAGAGGAGCUUUGUACUCGCGCAGACUUGAAGGUCCAUUUGGAGCCCUAUCCACGGGUCCAGGUGAUCCCCAGGCAUUGGAUAUGCGAGGAGCUACCAGAAUCAGAGAGAGCCAAGAGGAAUAUUUGCAUAGGGCAGUCUGUGCUUGCGUACUACGCGGUGAGCGCGGUCGGUUCGGAAGAUGGGGGCGAGGUUUGGGGCGCGCAUCCUGAGCCUCGAGAGGCUGGAGAUGUCACACUGCAGUUUGGCGGUGCUCACAUGACAGAGAGACCGGAUUCUGAGGACAGGUUUGCUCAGGCGCGGAAGACGUUCUUUGGAGCCCGGGAGGUGCAGCACAGAUCGGAACGAGCCGUGCGGAGCAAGGUCUUGAGGGAGCUCAUCUCACCUGCUGAAGUUUAUGUCUAUCUUCAAUGCAUGGACAGACGGAAGCCCGUGAGGGUACCUUUAGCUUCGAUAUGGUCUGUGCAGCCAAAUGAGCCCACUCGAAGAACAGUGCGAAAAAGACGGAAGGUGCUGGAAUGGAUGGUGAUUCGAAGUGCUCGAGACCGUGCUGCAGAGGUUGUCGCACGACAAGGCUCUUCAGCAGGACUCUACCAUCCAGCCUAUGGAUAUCUUUGGGAUGAGGCCAUUCCGCUCACUCCUGGGGUGAAGGUGUCUUUCUUCUCGCUGCCCGGAAGGGGAGAUGCCACGACAGCAAGUGUUGCAUCACUCGCAUCGCCGGGGGGGUUUGCCUUUCGGCGACUUUCCACCGGGACAAUUGUUCGCACUGUCGCCAAAGUGUCUCACUAUGAGGUCCUGUUUGACGAGGUGGUCCCUGAGAAUCGGUGGAUCUCGGCUUUUAACGUGGGGCAUCACUUGCAACCUGAUGGAUCUGUACAAAGGCUGCGCCGACCUGAGCUAACCAUCCACGACCUUCCCGACGAGAUGCACAAGAUCGAGGUGUCUGUCGGUCUUUCUGCUGCAUUUGGUGGUGAGAACGUCCACUGGAGCGAGCCUAGCCAACCUUGCCGGGUUUUGAAGGCAGGUGUCCAGCCCCUGCCGCCCCUUCCGCCAAUGUUGACGGUCCUCAGCAUCAGCCGAGCACAGGUUCGCUGGAUGCUUCCCAAGGAGCCAGCACCUUUGUGCUUCCGCUUGAGGAUGCGUGAGCGAGGUUCGAAGGAGUGGUGCUGCUUAGAUUCGUUUGGGCACGCACGUGAUGAAGACACUACACUGGCCUGGCGGUCACGAUUGGUGCCUUUGGUCGAGGGUGUAUGGGUCAGCGCCUUCGGAGACUUUGACCAGCGGAAGUCCUCGACACCAGGGGCAGCUCGAGUACACAGCGUCGACUGGGUGACAGGGUCUGUGGAGGUUGAAUUUGUCCGACCGCAGGAUGAUUUUUGUAUUGGUGGAGUCCCUACCUCGGUCCUUGCAUGCACUCAGUGCUCGCAAAAGUUGGGUCUGGUUCAGGACGAACUGCAUACGAUACCUUUUGCCUGGAUUGAGGCAGUUUGGGUAGCUGAUGGCACGAACUACCUCAAGGGGACACCUAUGGCCAAUCACACGGAGGAGAAGCAGGCCUUGGCCACAGUCAAUCAUGUUGAUGGGCAUCCUGAUGCAAUGAUUUUGCAGGUUGAGGACGAGCAGGUGAAGGUGGUUGAUGAGCUGUGGCUCAAGUGGCUGGCAAAGAAGGGAAAUAUGAGCGUUCAGCUCACAGCGCAUGAAGUGGUCGGUUUAAAAGCAGAAGUGGGCUACGAAUUUUCCGUUCAAGCUUUGACAAAAGGUGGAUGGACAGAAUGGAGCACCCCUGGCUCCAUACAGAUGCCCCGAAUCGGCUAUGAGCAAGAGCAACUGGUUAGCGAACGGAGAGCAAACGCCCUGUAUCGUGCUGACUUGUUGCCUCAGGCCUUGUACAAGGAGUAUGAGAGGUGCUGGGACUCUGUUGAUGAAAGUCUCACAGCUGAUCGGCUGGACAGAAUCCACCAGGUCCUUCAUGGCAAGAAGGAGUUGGCUGAAGAGUUUGAUCAUGAGCUUUCAAGAUGGCUGGUGGACAUGGAGGGUCCCAUCCGGGAAAGCAGCCGCAUGCUGGAGGCCGAAGCACGACUCCUAUUGCGCGAUUUGGUGAGUCGAAAGGCAAAUGUGAACUACAGAGAUCAAGCAACAGGUCGUGUUCCGCUGACCUAUGCCUGCGAAUAUGGAUGGAAAGUGAAGACAGGUGUGAUUGAGGAACUCCUGCUACUUCGAGCUGAUGUCGAUUCGAUGAACGAUGCUCGACACACAGCACUUGGAAUUGCGGCAGCCGGUGGUCAUGCAAACAUAGUAGAGGUUCUCUUGGCACAUGGAGCUGAUGCCACAAUCGUGAGCUUGCAGGGCGAAACCGCACUCCUUCGCGCGAAGACCGUCCGAGGUAUGACUCAUGGGCAAAUCAAGGGUGUGAACCGCUGCAGGGACCUUCUUAGAGACAGCCGGCUGCUUUGGGAAAGCUUUGAAUCUGCCGUGGCAAAUCUGGCGGAUGACCCCGUUGCAGCUGCUCGAGCCUUUCUGGAGAUUGCUUUCCCGAAAGGGUCCUGGGCCAAGUUCUUGUAUUGCUUUUCUGAGAAACGGCAUACUUUUGAGCAGCCUGACCGGCAGCAGGCCAAUGCAGGCCAUUGUGGCUUUGUGGUGUCAUUUCGCCUCACAAGUCACGCCUUCCACUGA